GCUGUGUCUCUCAGCAUGUCUGGUGUUCUUCCACAUCAUUGGCUGCUGGUGUAGAUGUGGAUUAUGCUGGUCAGCCCACGGUCAUGCUGAAGAAUGGACUCUACUGCAUAUAAAUCAGGUGACUGCACAAGCGGGGGGUUUCUUCUCCAGCAGCCCUCAGUUGCGCACAGACAGACUCUGAUUGUCCUCUUUCAUCUUUAUUUUGGGGAAAUACUCUAGACGCUUCUUUUUUCAGCCUUUAUUUUUGAAAAGUAUUGUUAUUCUGGUGGUUUUCAGGACACACUUUUGAAUUUCUGAGAAUGCUGGAUCCACUGGCUGAGUUGAGAAGAACCGGAGGCUUCAGGCAGUGCGGUGGCCGGAUGUCCUGGCAGUUCCGCUGGAUGCUGUAUAGCGUUUGUAUAUUGACGGUGAUCAACUGUGCCGGCCUGGUUCUACUCCUGGUACAGCAGAGGGAUUUGUGGGCGCAGCUGAUUGAGGUGGAGAGGCAGAUGGUGGAGAUCUCUCAGAGCUCCGUGGUAGAGUUUAUGACGCAGGUGAAUGAAGAUGAAGCAGAGUAUCAAUACUCAAGGAACAAGCGACGCCGGCAGCACCGAGGGACGCGGCCCUUUGAGGAGCACGAGGGAAGCGUUGGAGAGGAAGUCCUGAGUGAUUUCCAGUACUCGUUUCAGCAGCCGCCUGGACCAGUUUACCAGCACAAAACCGAGGAAAAAGAUGGAAUGAUGAUGAUGAUGACAUACUCCAUGGUGCCAGUUAAAAUUUUGCUGGAUAUUUGCAACAGUACUAAAGGAGUCUGUCUGACUGGACCACCAGGACCACCAGGAAUUGCAGGUAUACCGGGUGUGGAUGGAAUGCCAGGCUAUAAUGGAACAGAUGGAAUUCCAGGGUUGCCAGGAGAGCCUGGAGCACAUGGAAAACGAGGAAAAAGAGGUCCUUCAGGUGAGAAGGGUGAGCCUGGAGAGAAAGGAGAGCCAGGAUAUCCUGGACCACCAGGACCACCUGGAGAACAGGGUGAACCUUCAAAUGAUGUUAUCAUAGAAGGUCCCCCUGGACCAAUGGGACCAUCGGGCCCCCCAGGUCCGCCUGGUCCUCCAGGACCUCCUGGGCCUCAGGGGCCACCGAGACACAGGAGCCACAGGGCACAUCUUCCUAUCGGGAAGGAGUCUGUGGGUCACCUUAACUCCGUCCCAAACGACGACACCCUUAGCCAGAAGCUAGCAUCGUGGAAGACAAAUGACUGUGUUAUAAAGUCAGUGCAGAACCCCAGACAUCUGAUGAAGACGAGCAGCACGUUUGGAGCGUGGAUGAUGGACACUGCAGCUCAUGAUGAUGAGAAGAUCUGGGUAGCGGAACAUUUCUCAGGUCGCUUAAUAAAAGAGUACAACAGUAUCGCAGCCUUCCAGAACAGCAGCAGUGAAUCCAUUGAUGUCCGGAGGUUUUUCCAGGGUUGUGGACAUGCUGUCCAUAAUGGCUCCAUAUUCUACCACAUCGCUGGAACUUCCAAUAUUGCCAAGUUUGACCUUCAAACGAAGAUCUUACACGUGCUGAGCAUUGAGAACGCCCUCUAUCAUAAUCUGUCCUACUUACUCCAAAACUCAAAGACCUACUUCAAACUGGCAGCGGAUGAGAACGGCAUGUGGAUCGUAUUUGCCUCAAACAUUGACGACAGCCUCAUGGUCGCGCGACUGGACGAGAAAACCUUCUCCGUCAGCACCUACAUCAACACCACUUACCCCAGAACCAAAGCCGGCAGUGUGUUUAUCGCAUGCGGGAUCCUCUACGUCACAGAUACCAAAGACACCAAGGUGACGUAUGCCUUCGACCUCCUCAAGGAGAAGCCGGUUAGUGCCAGUCUGGAUCUCAGGGCUCCUGGAGGGGUUCUGUCCAUGAUUUCAUACAAUCCCAGAGACAAACAUCUCUACAUCUGGGACAGCAGCUACGUCAAGUCAUACCAAGUCCAGUUCCUUUCUGAUAGCAAUCAAGAAUCUGUCAAAUAACGGCGAUCAUUUGUGUUUAUUGUUGGUUACAGUCUCCAUUAAUUAACAAACAAACAAACUUAAGUUUCUUGAACGGUUACUCCACCCAAUUUUUCUUUUUUUAUUUACUCACCCUCAUGUCAUCCCAAAUUCUUUACAGAUUCAUUCGUCAACAGAAGACAAAUUAAGAUAUUGCAGGUGAAAUCUGAGAGCUCCCUCAUCCUCCAUAGACAGCAAGGUUGCUGAUUUGUUUAAAGUCAAGAAAGGUACCAAAAAACAUCCUCAAAACAGAUCAUACGGCCUUUAGUCGUUCAAUCUGAAUAUUUUCAAGCUACGACAGAGGUGGACAAACUCUUUAAACCAGAGGGUUAUAUCAAGUUUUGCAAACAUGUCUAAAACAUAAAUUAAGCAUUAGACGGUUAAAACGCUGCAUAAUUGUAAUAAUAUGACACGUCUUUCUCAGCAGGGUUAAGUUGGUUGUGUUUUCGAAAAAAAAAAAAAAA